AUGUUAACCUCCUGGGGAACGACAAGCCUAUUGCUGGGCUUUGCCCUUGGCAACUAUGCCGUAGCUGAAAAUGUCAUUACGAGUGACAGCCACUUCUAUGGCGAAUCUCCUGCAGUUUACCCAGCUCCUGUGGGAUCUGGGGCUGGAGACUGGGCGGCUGCGUACGUGAAAGCAAGGGCUUUUGUCGCCAAACUUUCUGAUGACGAGAAAGUCAAUUUGACAGCUGGUGUGACAUCCAAAACUGGCUGCUCUGGAAAUAUUCAAGCAAUCGAACGCUUAGGAUUUCCGGGCAUGUGCGUCAGUGACGCUGGAAAUGGUCUUAGAGGAACAGACUAUGUUAACAGUUGGGCAUCGGGUAUCUCUGUUGGAGCCAGCUGGAACCCAGAUCUUGCCAAUGAUCGGGCUACAUAUAUGGGCAAAGAAUAUCGUAAGAAGGGUGUGAACAUGAUUCUUGGCCCCGUCGUGGGCCCACUUGGUCGUGUAGCACUUGGUGGACGUAACUGGGAAGGAUUCUCUACCGACCCCUACCUCAGUGGAAUUCUGAUCGGCGAGUCAGUGAAAGGCCUCCAGUCCCAGAAUGUUGCGACAUCACUGAAGCACUUCAUCGGUAAUGAGCAAGAAACCAAUCGCAAUCCCACUACCGACUCCAAUGGCAAUGCUGUCCAGUCUGUUUCGUCCAACAUGGAUGACCAGACAAUUCACGAGCUCUACUUGUGGCCGUUUCAGGAUGCAGUCCUUGCUGGUGCAGCCUGUGUCAUGUGCUCGUAUAACCGAUUGAAUAACUCAUACGCCUGCCAAAACAGCAAGACUCUCAAUGGUUUGUUGAAGACUGAGCUUGGCUUCCAGGGCUAUGUUGUGACGGACUGGGGAGCUCAGCACGGUGGUAUUGCUAGUGCUAAUGCUGGACUUGAUGUUGUUAUGCCCUCAUCAUCGCUCUGGAACAGUAAUCUGACCACUGCCAUUGCAAACGGAACGAUGGAGGCAUCGCGUCUAGACGACAUGAUUACGAGACUCAUGGCCACAUGGUACUAUCUGGAUCAGGACUCGGCCUUCCCCAACCCAGGUAUUGGAAUGCCCACCAGUGCCUCUGCAGCUCACCAGGCUGUCAUCGCCACCUCCCAAGAAGCGAAGCCAUUUCUUCUCCAAUCCGCCAUCGAGGGACACGUCCUGGUGAAGAAUACCAACAAUGCACUUCCUUUGAAGUCUCCGAAGCUGAUUUCAGUCUUUGGCUACGAUGCCUAUACCCCAAUGGCCAUGGACCUCUCGACCUCAUUUGACUUCAGCGCAACCGCUACAAGAUCGGCCCUCUAUCAAAAUGGGACCCAGUAUGUCGGUGGUGGCUCCGGUGCGAACUCGCCCGCCUAUGUGGAUGCUCCCAUAAGCGCCAUCCAGCGCCGAGCCUAUGAAGACGGCUCGUCUGUUCUCUGGGACUUCACCUCUGAAAGCCCGUCGGUGGACUACACUUCCGAUGUGUGCUUGGUAUUCAUCAACUCAUACGCUACAGAAGGCUAUGAUCGUGCAGGUCUCGACGAUACCCACAGCGACACCAUCGUGAACAACGUCGCUAACAACUGCGCCAACACCAUCGUCGUGAUUCACAACGCUGGUAUCCGCACUGUCGAGUCAUGGGUUGACCAUACUAACGUCACCGGUAUCAUCUACGCCCAUCUCCCUGGCCAGGAUACCGGUCGUGCCUUGGUGGAAAUUCUCUACGGAGAUUCCAACCCCUCUGGUCGACUUCCCUACACCGUUGCCAAGACUGAAUCCGACUACGGCACUCUGCUUGAGCCGUCCGAGCCUGCGGGUAUUUACGAGUACUUCCCUCAAUCAGAUUUCUCAGAGGGUGUCUACACUGACUAUCGCGCCUUCGACAAGAAGGGUAUCGAGCCCCAGUACGCCUUCGGAUUCGGUCUUUCAUACACCAGCUUUGAUUAUUCCAAGCUUAAAGUGUCAAAGAAGUCUUCUUCACUUCCUCAGUACCCGGCCAAGGCAUCGAUUCUUCCGGGUGGAAAUCCUCGUCUCUUCGAUACGCUGGUGACCGUGUCCGCCACUGUCAAGAAUACUGGCACUGUUAAUGGCCAGGAAGUUGCUCAGCUCUAUGUUGGCAUUCCCAAUGGCCCCGUUCGCCAGCUUCGUGGAUUUGAAAAGGUCCUCGUCAAAUCUGGCAAGUCAGUCACUGUUAGCUUUAGCUUGACUCGUCGCGAUUUGAGUACUUGGGAUGCCACUGCACAGGAGUGGCUGUUGCAGCGGGGAACCUAUAAGAUUUACGUUGGUCGUAGCAGCAGGGAUCUGCCUCUUGAGACAACCUUGACUAUUUAA